AUGAAUAAAGACGUUAGCAUUAGUGAGAAUGUUUUGAGUAGGCAGGAUAAUGAAAAGGAAGAAAUCAAAGAAAUCCAGGAAAAAGAAGAAAUUGUCAAAAUGUGGAAACACAUGGACGAGAAGCUGGAAGUGAAAGCCAAAUCACUUAACCUUACAGCUAUUAAUGUCAAGUCUAUAUUGCACCAUAUGGUAAAGAAUCCACAAGUUAUAUCUGUUAUUAUGGGAUUGAAUAAAAGCUCUGCGAUUGCAGACCUUAAGCUGACGAGGUCAAGAACAAAACAUUUGUGCGCACAAGAAAUGCACAUUGGUGUGAAAGAAGGCGAUGUCGUGACAGUAUCUCGCGCUUCACGAACAUUUCUUGAUGUUAAUUAUAAUUCUAGUGAAGAUGAUGAUGAUUAUCUCCCUGAGCAGGAUGAGGAUGUGAGUGAAGAAGAAAUAGAAAAUGAAGCAAAUACUACGGAAAUUUCGUUUGAUGUUUUGAAUAAGGCGCUUCAGGUAGGAAUUGGUGAUGAUGAUGUAGCACCCGCAUUGCAUACACGUUCAAAACAUGAAAAUAGUAUUUAUCCAGAUGAUGUGCCAAGAUUUGGCGAUGAUGUUUUACUGUAUACUGCAGUGGAUGAUCCAGAAUAUGUGGAAUUCAUUUCAAAUCUGAAUGAUUCCUCAAAAUAUGAUUUUGAUGAGGCCGAGGAUCCGGAAUAUAAUUUUCUUUCGGAUGCAGAUGCCGAAGAUAUAAUAGAAGAGUAUGAAGUACGGAAAGAUCGUGCCACAGAAAUACCUUUGCGAGAAGUUGAGAAUUUGUUGCAAGACUUGUUGGAGGCUCGUUUGCUGCCUUCGCCUGAACACUUGGAGCAAAGUGUUGAUUCCGUAAGGGAUGAAAAUAAAUCAUGCCAAUCGGUUAGGCAAGAUGACCAUAAGCCAAAUAUGAGGAAGGCCAAAACAUUGUUAACGGGAUCUUUAUCAGGAAAUAUUGAACCAAUCACCGUUCUUGUGGAUGCAUCCCUGGAUGAUUUUCAGAAAGUUUUAGCAGGGUCUUCAUCUCUUUUAUGUGCUAGUGUUGAAAAUCCUCCUUUCUUUUCGUUUCAUGAACUUCAGCAGCUUAUCACGCAAUUAGAAAAACAUGUGCAACUACUAACUCAGUUUGCAGUGGGUUGUUAUUUCAAUAAAGCAAUGAUCAAAACAUAUAAUGCUUUUCAAGUUAUGAUUAACGAACUAAACGAUUACUGUUUGGAGCGUCCGGAAUAUUCUCUCUUUAAUGUCAUAAAUUUGGAAGCUUGUAUAACUACGUGCCACGAUGCGAUACAAUGUGAAACUAUCAAUGAUUUUAUUACCUGUCGGCGAAAAUCCAGAAAAUUACAGCUCCCGUUACCAAAAACAAUGUUCGUCCUUUCUCGAAGUAGAGCGUUGCUGUUCCCUGAUUUACUACCACAGGUUCGUUUGGAGAUGUUUCCUGCAUUUUAUCCAUAUUUUAUUCGGGAAGAAGAAUGUCUUCUUGCUCUUGGUUUGUAUCAGUUCGCUCAUUUGAAGCAGUUUUCUGGAAAACGAAGAUGUUAUGCACUGAUCAGUCAGCAUUUAUUGGCAAAUAAAACACAGUCACAGAUACGGCUGCAUUUGAAGAAUUUUCGUUGCAGCAACCAACCUCUACAUACCCUCUUCGUGAAAGCUGAAACAGGUGCAGUAAACAUGAUUUUUCCUUUGGAAAACAGAUCGACCGUGAUUUCUGGUCCGCCAUAUUUGUGGCCACAGCAUCUCCAGCCUAAAUGGCUUAAGGAGCUGGUCGAUAGACAGCACUGUGAUUUAAAAUGUGAAAAUCUUGCUCUGGAUGGUUUGACUUUUGUGAAAAUCGAUAAUGAAAAGGAUUCUCUGUCAGUGGAUCGUUCAGAUUCAGACCGUAACCCUCUUCCGAACAAUCUUUCUGAAUGUCGCACAAUAAGUGCAGGGAAUUGGGCUUUCGAUAAAAAUGCAACAUCCGCGCCAAUCACUUUGGAUACUGAUAACAGCCUAACUGAACAUGCUUAUAGCAGUGCUAGCAUAAGCGGACCAGUGAACGCUGCUGUCGAUAGUGAACAUAUCGAAAUUAAUGGAAUUCCAUUGUCACCUGUUCGCAAUCUUUUGCUUUUCGCAUCCACUCCAGUGUGUAAAAUAACGAGCUCGUUACUCUCAGAUUUACAUCGUUCGAUAGUUACUUCUUCUGUAAACAGAAAGUUGUCACCAACCUUGCAUCACUCAGCAUUUAUGUCAAUUGGACAUAGCAGAUUAUCACCAAACUCAUGUCCUUUGAUUGUUGCAUCGUCAUCCAGUGGGAAGUUAUCGUCAUCAGCCUCACGUCAUUCAAGAAAUUUGUCACCUGCUAAUGGAGAAUUGCUAGCAGCUUCUUCACAGUACUCAACAAUCUUAUCGUCUGCAAAUGAAGCAGCAGAUCUUGUCAGAAGCAUUAGUACGGUCAAGCCAGUAAGAUUCGCACCAUUCAAAAAAAUGCCACUGACUGAAAAAUUAAAUAUAAAUGAAUGCGAAGAAAGCCUUGAUUCCAAUCGAUAUGAGAUUGACAUGACUGGUGAAAUCGAUGGAAGCGUGGGAUUAAGUGUCUCGGACGGAGAAGUUGUGAUGGAUUCAUCACCACCAGAUUCCAAGAAUUUGAUUCAUUUACAACAGUCACCGAAAAAAAUAAAACGUAACAGCAGUGUUGAUGCUCCGUCUCAUUUUAGUACAACCGAUUUUGACUAUUCAUGGUCAACGGAAGCUGAUGUACAGCACAAAAGCGAGAUGAAAUGUGGCAUUUCAUCGUGUUCUGCUGCGGCUAUUGAAAAAAAUGAUGAUCAUCGAGACUAUCAAGAAAUUCGGAGCGUAAGUCGGAAAUCAUUUCAUUCAUCAUGUUUUGAUGCAGAAACUUCUGACAUGGCGGAAUGUUCCUUACUAAUACAUAAAUCAUCAAAAUGGGUUUCCAGUAUUCGGAGUGAAGAUAUGGGAUGUUCUGAUCCAGUAAGAACACCAAUAAACUCGUUGUACUGCAACAACCUAAUGAUGUUCAGCACGGAAAAUAAAGCUAUUCAGUGUGAUCUGGCAGCUUCCAACUGUAAUAGUGGGAUAAUUCAAAUAUUAGAGUGUAGUGGGAACGCCAGGGAUGACAUAAUAAUUCAAGCUAUCCCAAGUGAUUCAGCUGCUAACCUUAUUCGGGUAUUUGAACCUGUUCACUGCAAUGAUUCUCCUUUUGCACAAGAUAAUGAAGAAGAUGGUGAAACAAAAAAGGGACAGAAUGAGCAGACAGUUUCAAAUGAUGGAGGUCGAAGUAAUGAGAGUGUCAGAGAUGAACAGCAGUUACUGACUGGUGCAGCAGAUGGUAGUAAAUCGUCAUUACAGGGCAAUCGAGAAGGUGACGGUAGUGAUGGCGAGGGAAAUGGAUCUGUAGAUGAAGAGAAGCGACGGCGACGUGUGCGCACUCGCAAAGAUCGUGUAAGAGAUGGAUUGCAUGGGAUGCUUGAUGCACAGCAUCGUGCACUUCAAAUAAAGUGUAUGGCGCAUGUUAUUUUUAGCGAUUUUGAACAACGUAUGUUCAUGUAUCAAGAUAAGGUAAGAGCUCUUUGCGAGCUGAUCGCUGAAGGCUCGAUGUCUCCGGAGAUGUUCGAAAGAAUGCAUGGUAUUUUCGAAAGGGAACAUGAACCGAUAUAUUUCCUUCUCUCUUUUCUCUUUCCACAAAAUUUACUUCCAGCAAGUGUUCUUGAAAAUCCGAUUCGUAAAGCAUAUAAUGAUGCCUUGGAAAUGAUAUACAAUAUUGAGGCAUUUACGUCUUUUGGAAACACGAGGCUAUCCGCACGCACUAUAUUUCGUAACGUACGUGAUCUCGGAUCCGAUUGUACCUGUGAGGCCUUAACAACUCGUUUGUCCGAGUUAAUUGGUAAUAAAGGCCCAUUAUGGGAAAUCAUUUCCCAAAAUAUUCCAACUCGUAUUUGUCAAUCGAAUUAUUCCAUGACAAAUUUUGAAUAUGUUGAUUUGUGUAAUUGGAAGAAAAUGGAUGCCCCUUAUGAAAAUGUCGAUCUUACGACAGCGAUUGGUGCUCAGACGGAGAAAGAACGCUCCGGCGUUUUUGUUGGCUUCUUACGCAAUCUCUUCACUGAGCGGAAAGGUAAGCUGUACGAGGUCGUAGCAGAAUGGAAGCAGACGAAAAUUACUCCACCAGUUUCUUCGCGUCGUCGACGUCCAGCAAGAAGAUCGAAGAAACGUAAAUACAAAAUGCCGAAUAAAGUAGAGAUUGUAAAGUUAUCGAAAACAGCAGUUCCGGAGGAGAUAUCAGAUAUUAGUCGACCAUCUCUACGAGAGGAUGAUGUUUUGAGCAUUAUCUCUCCAGGGAAUAGUGCUACAACUUCACAAUCUGUUCGAAAACGGCCCAUUCAACCAACAAAGGAGAAUAUCCUUACCGAGAAUGAUGAUACCAGUUUGAUCGAGUUGGAUUAUGUUGUUGAUCCCGGUGAAAAUUUGAAUAGAAGUUCCGGAAGUGAUGCUGAUAUUACGCUCAAAAAUGUUACAAAAUCUAGAACUACAGAAGCUGAAUUAGCUGUGGGUUCUUUGCACAAAAUUGGCGUUAGAGAAGGAUUAAUCCAGUGCAACGCGCCUUGUCCAGUUAUGGUAAAUUCAACGAGGAAAUGGACUAUUGAAGAGGACCGAAAAAUCCUAUAUAUCCAUAAGGAAAACGGGCCUGAUUUAGAUCUUACACUGGCAUCAGUACAGUUAGAAUUACCUGAAAUUCCUGUUGAUGAAUUAAGGAAAAGGUUGACGUUUUUGUUGAGCAUUCUGGAACGUAUGGAAGGCAGUAGUAGCAAGUAA